GCAUGGAGAGAGCGGGCACGGCGGCGGGCUGCGUUCUUUUCUUCCACCUUCCUCUCAUCUCUGGAAGCUCCACUGGUAUUGGAAUAGGCAGUAAUUAUUCCAAUCUUCCGCUUCCCUCCAACAGGAGCGGCCCGAGCAGCGAAUUCCCCGGCUAUGGAGAGAGCGGCAGCGACUCCAGCCUGCUGGUCUCCCCGCUGCUGGUGGCGGGGGUGGUGAUCGGGCUGGUGCUGUCCCUGUCCUGUGCCACCAUCGUGGUGGGCAGCCUGCGCAGGGACGGGCGGCUGCGGCACCCCCGGCCCGGGACGGGGCCUGGGGACGCUCCAGAUGGCUUCUCCCAUGGUGGCUCUUCUGGUGAGCUGAGAUCCUCCUGCACCGAGGAGUUUCCCCAGGCUUGUGACUUUGGUUCCUACCUGGACAUACUUUCUCAGGUCAACAUCAUGUAUCCUGACCCACCUCCACGCUAUGAUGAAUGUGUGGGGCCAGGAGCAACACAAAUAUAUAUUCCCACAGAUGAUCCCCCCCCAUAUUCUCUCAUGGACCCUUGUCAAAGAAAUGAAAUAUCUAUAAAUAUCUAUAUUAGCCAGGAAGAGGAGGUAGCAUCUGGGACUACAGGACAGGCUGCAAAUUCUGCAGUCAGGCUGCAGGACUUGCAGCAGCCCAUUCCAUCAUCUCUGUCAUCUCUCACCCUGGAGGCUGCACCCCUGUUCAAGACAGUGGGGUGUGAACAGAAUAUCCCCAUCCCACGUGUUCCAACAGAAGUACAGAGCAGUUCUUCCACUGACCAUCAGGCCCCAAAUCAUGUGAACAGAAGUGGCUCUUUCCUUCAAUUCUUCUGAAGAUCUCAGAUUGACAAAAACACUUCAGUGGAAGAAUAAAACCUCUGGAAGUUCUACCUAUUUUAUACAUUUAAACAGGGAUGCAAUGGGAUUUUGUUUUUUACAGUGACUUUUUAAAGUUUACCUAAACUUUCCUCUUUGUGCUUCAAAGUGUUCCGUGACCUUACACAGCAUAAAAGAGCAGCAGUGACAAGCAGUACAGCUAACCUUCCUGAAGCAUUUGAAAACACACUGAAAUCAGACACUCCU